AUGGACCUCAAGGGCAGUCGGAGCGUGCGGCUCAGUGACGGGCACCUGAUGCCCGUGCUGGGACUUGGCACCUACGCUUCUGCCGAUGUUCCAAAGAGCAAAGCCCUUGAGGCCACCCAAGUGGCCAUUGACGUAGGCUUCCGGCACAUCGAUGCUGCCUACAUGUACCAGAAUGAGGUGGAGGUGGGGGAGGCGAUGCGCGCAAAGAUGGCUGACGGCACCGUGAGGCGAGAGGACUUGUUCUACACCACCAAGGUUUGGCCGACUUUCCUUCAGCCACAUUUGGUCCGCCAGUGCCUGGAAAGGUCCCUGAAGAAACUGGGGCUGGACUACGUGGACCUCUUCAUCAUUCACAUGCCGGUAGCUAUGAAGCCCGGGGAGGAGGUCCUCCCCAAGGACGCCCGUGGGAACGUUCUCUUAGAGCCGGUGGACCUGUGUCAGACUUGGGAGGCCCUGGAGAGCUGCAAAGACGCUGGGCUGACCAGGUCCAUCGGCGUGUCCAACUUCAACCGCAAACAGUUGGAGAUGAUCCUCAGCAAGCCGGGGCUCAAGUACAAGCCCGUGUGCAACCAGGUGGAGUGUCACCCUUACCUGAACCAGCAGAAGCUGCUGGACUUCUGCAAGGCCAAGGACAUCAUCCUCGUGGCCUACAGCGCCCUGGGGUCCCACAGGGACCCAAAGUGGAUCAAAGGUGAUUGUCCACAGUUCUUGGAGGAGCCGGUCCUGAUGGCCAUCGCCAAGAAACACGGCCGCAGCCCCGCCCAGGUGGCCCUGCGCUACCAGCUGCAGCGGGGGGCGGUGGUGCUGGCCAAGAGCUUCAGUGAGAAGAGGAUCAAGGAGAACUUCCAGGUGUUUGACUUUAAAUUGACCCCGGAGGACAUGAAAGCCAUCGAUGGCCUCAACAGGAAUUUCCGCUAUUUCAAAAUAGACUUUGCGAUGGGCCACCCCAACUACCCGUUUGCUGACGAGUACUGA